AUGCAAGCUUGGCAAAGUCUUCCCCUCGGCAAAAUGUUGGGGCGCCAGUUUCUUCGGCAGCUGUUGGAGUGCACGUUCCUACUGCAGAUGUUGGCAUGCAGGUUUCUUCAGCAGAUGUUGGAAUGCAAGUUUCUGGGAGUGCUUCAGCAGAUGUUGCGAUGCAAGUUUCUUCAGCAGACGUGGGAACGCAAGUUUCUUCAGCAGAUGUUGGCAUGCAUGUUUCUUCAGCAGAUGUUGGAAGGCACGUUUCUGGGAGUGCUUCAACAGACGUUGGAAUGCAAGUUUCUUCAGCAGAUGUUGGAUUGCAAGUUUCUUCAGCAGAACAAGAUGCGGAGGUUGGAAUGCGAGUCUCUUCAGCUGGUAGUGCAACAACUUGCGCGCGAGUGA